AUGACUCGUUUCCUUCACAUACACUCCCGUUCUUCUCCAACCCCACCAACGUCAUCCCGACAAGAAAGGAUAGCAGCUCCACCUCCCUUUUCCCAACCAGACGUAACCCAACUCCACACCAGAGAACAAGCAGACGUUUUCUACGAAGCCAGAACACGUUGGCUACAGUACUACACAGAAAGCCACCCACAGCUACUACCCACAACACAACACAAUCCCCCAGUAGCCGUAGAAAACCUCUACAACGAGAACAACUUUGAAGAAUUUGCGGCAAACGGCGACCCGAUACCACCUCCCACACCACAGAUACUCCCAGCCGCACCUGCUCCAUCCCCUAUCCCACCACCACGCACCAUGUCUAACGCUGCAGCCUCCAAACCCACGAUAAUCGGGAAAAUCAAUGACUUCGAUGGAACCCCAGAUAAAGCCCAAAGGUGGAUAUCGUCCACCAAUCUACACUUUGAUAUCAACGACACCAUCUACAACUCCAACAAGAAAAAGAGCGAAGCCAAGAUGACCGAAUACAAAGACAAGAACACCUAUCCCACAUGGGCAGACUUCAUAAAAACCUUCACAGCCAGUUUCAGAAUGGCAAACGUCAAAGGAACGGCCUCGGCCGCCUUGAUGAAAAUGAAGAUGGAACAAGGAGAAAAUGCAGUAGCGUUUAACUCAAGAUUCAUGCUAGAUGCUGGGAAGAGCGGCAUCAACAACAAAGCCAUGAUCAUGGUUUAUCAAAAGGCUAUCCGACCACCCCUCCUUCGCGGGGCACUCACCGGAAAAGAACUACUCACCAUCAAAGACUUAAUGAGCACAGUGGCAAACCUAGAUGCCAACUGGAUCAGUGCCAACGCUAUCUCAGAAGGAGUAUGGGGUGCCAGAAACAAAGAAUGA